AUGGCUAAAGUUUGGGUUGAGGGCCACGCAACUUAUAAAGUGGUUGGCAGGGUCGAGUGCCUCUUCAGACUAAGAAGGCUGGGAACUACUGAACCUUCCUCCUGGGUGACCUUGACCGAGGACGACCUCACCCCGCGGAGGCAGAUCACAGCCGAGUUAUUCCUCAACAAUGGCAUGGACUGGGGCGUCUGGGGCGAGGCCGACUUCUGUCCGGAAGGAAGCUUUGCUCACGCCUUCGAGGUGAAGCUCGAGAUCUUCAGCUCCACAGAUGACACUGCCGUCAACGCUGUCAAGCUCUACUGCAGCACGCCGGCCGGACAUGACACCGGAUAUGCCUUGUCAACGGAGGGACGCUUUGGCGACUGGAUGGGCAUGCGUAUCUGCGAGACCGGGCACCUGACGGCCAUGCGCCGCCAACGUCCUCGAGUCCAAGGUAUCAUGAAUGACGACGUGGCUGUCGAGAACGUCGGGAUGGAGUGCAACUACGGCGAUGAGGUCCUCGUCGGGGUGGAAGGGAUGCCAAGGAGGAGAGGUAUGAGCUGGGCGAGUGGAGUCGGUGGGCGCACUGCUUCAACGGGUCUGCUAUCUGUGGAAUCGAGAUUCGCUACGAGGAACCCUACGUGGGUGACGACGCCGCUGUGACGGACUUGGUCAUGUACUGUUGCGACACGGGAUCACUGGACGACCAAGAGACCGGAGUGUGAAGCAUCUACGAGAGUCUGUGUGUUGUACUAAACCGCUGCAGAACGUGUGUUGUUGUUGGUCUGAUUAAAGGGGGAGAAAGAU